AUGAGCUAAUUAAAAUAUGAAAAUCAGCAAAUGAUAAAGGAUUAGAAACUAGAAUAAAAAAUCUUGAAUACUGAGUACAGUACUGCACAUUACGAUAGCCAAAUGAAUUUAACAUCAAACUAGCACAAUGAGAUUUAAAAUCCUAGUUGGGAUGACUUUGAAGUGAUUCACAUUCUAGGGCAUGGAAGUUAUGGCACAAUAUACAAAGUUAGAAAAAAAUGUAAGUUUGAAUAACACUUGAAACUCAAUCAUUAAUCAAUUAUAUCAGAGAGUAAGAAGAUUUAUGUUGUCAAAGAGGUAGAUACCAGUAAUAUGUCAAAAAAACAAAGUUUUGAGUCACUAGAGGAAAUCAACAUAAUGGGAAUAGGGAAGCAUUUGAAUGAAAAUAAAAUUUGGAAGUUUUUCAUAUAAAUUACUCUGGGCAUGCAUCAUCUACACUCAUAAAAUAUUCUACAUCGCGAUCUAAAGACUCUUAAUAUAUUCUUAACAAAAGAUAAUUAGAUCAGGAUUGGAGAUCUUGGAGUCGCCAAAAUUCUGCAAAGCGCUGAAAAUUUUGUUAAAUCAAAGGUCGGAACUCCAUAUUAUUUAUCUCCUGAAGUUUGUGAAGAUAGACCUUAUAACAAUAAGAGUGAUAUUUGGUCCUUGGGUUGUGUAUUAUAUGAAAUGUGCUGUUUAAAACAUCCUUUCGAAGCUAAAAAUCAAGCUGAAUUACUAAUAAAAAUCAUUAAAGGGAAGUAUGAGUCCUUACCCAAAAAAUACUCAAAAGAGCUUGGAGAUCUUGUUCAUAGCUGCUUAAUGAAAGACUAUAACAAAAGACCUUCAAUUGAAGAUAUCAUCCUUAAUCAAAUUGAGAUAUAGCCAAAACCCUAAAUACCAAAGCUUGAUAACCUAUCUGCAACAUAGAGCCAGCUUAAUUUCAGUAGAAACUAGAAUAUUCAAAAUACAAGUUAUAUCUUGAACUCAAGCUCUCAUAAGGAAAGUUAAACAUAUAAUCAGUAAAACUAACAUCCUGUAUCACUAAAAAAAUAAAGACCUCAAAAAACUGAAAGAUGUGAAAACAAAAAGCUAAUGAUAAAUCAAUAUCAAUCGUCCAAUACAAAAUAUCGUAAGCCUGAUUCCCCAGACUCAAAAUAAAUAUUUGAUAAUGAACCACUGUCAAAUAGGCAUAGAAGUAAACUCUUAUUGAAUACAAAUUCUUCUCCUCAAAAAAUUUUAAAGACAAAUAAUGCAGGAAAUGGAUCAAAUAAUGUAAGCAAGGACUAGAGCUUCAGUGAUGCUGAGUCAUAAUAGAAAUUAAAUAAAGUUAGCUCUCAAAAAAGAUUGACUACUGCACCGAAGCCAGUAAUAAUUAACCAAUCUCAUUACAAGUAUCAUAUAAAUCUGAAGGAUGGAGAUGUAAUUCCAGAGGAAGGAGUCACUCAACAUCAACUAAGAAAACAAUACGACAAAUUGAGUAUCAGAUAAAUUUAGCAACUCUAGAAACUCUAAGUAAACAAGAAGAAUAAAACAACCUUAAUCCAGAAUUUCUUCAAAUUCAACAAACCUUAAAUUAGAGUAUUCCCCAAAAAAGAAGAGCAAGAAAAGUAAAAACUUAAAACUCCAAUAUAAUAAAAGGACUUAAAUUAGCAAAGAAGAUCAUCUUAUCAAAAAGAUUAAUCUGAUUCAAAUUUAAAAAGACGAAAUUCUAAUACUGAUGAUGAUUAUCAAUAAAAAGGAGGAAUGCUUGCUAUGAAAAGAAUCAAUAGAUCUCAAUAAAAUCUGCUUAAAGCUACUAAUUCCAGUGGACAUAGUAACUUAUCAUCUAAUCAAAAUAAUGAGUUAAAGACUAAAAAAACAUCUGAAGACACAAGAAAAAUGAUUUUUGAAAAAUUCAAAAACAGAUAGGCUAUUGAGAAUCAGCAGCCAUUGAAUGCAAAACUCACACAAAUUAAAAAUAGGAUCUAAAAUGCAAAAAAUCUAUCUUUAAGUAAGAAACUAAAUGAAUAAAAUACAAUCAAAGAAUGUACACACUCAUCUAAAAGCUCCAAUAAGUUUCAAAUGAGUGGCAAGCUGAAGAAAAAUAGGGGGGAAUAAGAAUAUGAGAAUUUCAAAAUUGAGGAUGAGGAUGAUGACAACAUUGAGGAUUAUCUAGAUAAUGAUGACGAAUUAGGUGAUUUACUAGAUGAUGAGGAGCUAGAUAUGCUUUUACUAGGGGAUUUUGGAGGAAAUAAAUUAGGUACUUUAGGGUUAUUAGAAGAUUAGCAUGUUUAAAAGCCAUAAAAAUUGAGAUUAAGUUAUCUUGAGGAUGAUAAAAUGAUGCUAUAAAACUCCCUAUUUGAGAUUGAUUUUGAAAAAGACAUUGACUAAGAAGAAUACCAUGAUGAUCCAUUCAUAUUUUCUAGAUAAUAGAUUAUUGAAGAUGUUCUGAAGGAGUCCUCUAAAAAUAAGGAGGAUCAUUCAUCCAAAAGACAUAGAGUUUUGAAAUCUUAAGAUGCAGGAUUCUCGAGUUAUUAGGAUCAACAAAAAAUCAAAUAGGACUAAGAGUCGACUGAUAAAAGUUAAAAUGACAAAGACAUUAAAAAGCUUACAGAUGAAACAACAAUGUCUCAUUAAAUAAGUGUUGGAAAUGACAACAAGCAAUAUUCUUAAUCAAUGAGAGUUGACGCUUCUCCCAAAAUAGCUUCAACUACUCAUUAAAAUUUAAGAGAAUUCUUUUUAGGCUAAGAUGAUAACAAUAAUUUAUUGGCAAACUAGAGGAUAUCUGAUACUUAAUCUGAUUCAAACAGCAAUAAUAAAUAGCUUCAAUAGUCUAUAGACAGAAUGAUACAAAGUAUUGACAAUAAAUCUGGUGAUUUGAGUUUUGAACAGCAUUCUAUCAGAAAUAUUAAUUUCAGCAUGGAUGGGGAACUCCUCAAAGAUAGAAUCAAAGAGAUAGAUACAAGAAUUCUUCUUAACCAAUAAAAAUGUUUAGAGCUAUGCUAAGAAAACAACUUGAUAUUCUAGUAAACAACAUAGGUAGUAAACGAUUCAUUAAAGAAGGAGGAGAUAUUCGUGAAUGACUUUUAAGACAUAUAGAAUAGAAUUUAAUCGAUAGUUGUAGAAUAGCUUGGAAUUAAGGAAGAUGAAGAAAAAAAGUAAUGGAUUGUGAAUGAACUGCUAUUCUCACUCUUCAAGAUUUAUUAUUUACUCGAAGAAAAAAGUUAGUGCUUGAUUAGAUAGAUAGGAUAAUGA